ACACCAAGAGCCAACAACAGGGCAGGAAAGACAGGUUUAUAAAUAAAAUCUGCUCAUAGAAACAAUGAAAAGACGAGUAAAUGGAUAAGAACAAAGAAGGGAACAGGAAAACAACACCAAACUAAAGAUAUCAAUUAAGAAGCAUGCUUAAAAAGCAAGAAGAGAAAGUGACCAGUCAAAGACAAAGUUUCAAAUUAGGGCAACAGAACACAUCAAUUAGAGAAAGACAAAAUAAAAUUCCAGAUAAGAAAACAGACUACGAAAAGAUUAGGAUCAAAUUCAGGUAGGAAAGCAUAUUAGAAACAUGAAUCGGAGGAAGAAAUCAGAAAGAUCACACCUUUAACGGCAACCACUUCGACUCUCAUACGCACUGAGGUUGUUGUGGAGCACAGAUUGGGGUUUGUCAUUAGAACUAAAGAAUUGAUAAAUCAAUGACAUCUGGGGGUUUCUCUAGGGUUUUCGAUCUUAAUUGUCGACAAUGGCUUCUUCUUCUUCAAAUUCUCGCACUUGUUCAUCAUUAACGGUAACAGAUGACAUCUUGCUCGAGAUCUUUACUUAUCUUCCUCUGAAUUCAAUCUGUAAGUUCAAAUGUUUAUCAAAGGUAUGGUUAUCUAACCUCUCAAGCCCUAAUUUCAUUAUCAAAUGGUUUCUAAUCAAUAACAAGUCUCUCCCAUGGAUACACUACCAUACAAUUGACGAUGAGGAUGAUUAUGAAAACCCUUUGAAAUUCAAGAUGGCAUAUCCUGAAUUACAUUCAGGGUUUAUACCUAGACGACAUCAUGGCUUUUCUUUUGAGUUUCUUAUAAAUGAGAAACCAUUUCAAGGUUUAGAUAAAGUGUACCUCUUAGGUUCUAGCAAUGGUUUGGUGCUUUGUUAUUCAUAUAGUUUCGAUGAUCAGGAUAAGAGAUAUCAUGUUUGUAAUCCACUCACUCAGAAAUGGGUUUCACUUCCUUCACCACCGUGUUCCCCAGCUAGAAGAUCUGAUGUUAGUGGUAUAUUUUGUGAGCAUUCAUCAUUGUUGGAAAGUUGUUUUAAGGUUGUACGCAUCCGUGGUUUUCUUAAGCCUUCUACGAAGAAAUUAAAUGUUGAUAUUUUUUCUUCAGAUUUGGGUGUAUGGGAAAGUUUUGAAGUUUCUUCUGAUGAAAAUGUUGCGCAGGGGGAUCCUGAUAUUCACAAUGCUGUUAUCCUUAAUUCUGUUUUGUUUUGGAUUGAAGGGUCAAGUAGAAUGUUAGUUUACAAUCUCAAUCAGAUCAAAGGAAGUGAUGCACAUCAAUGUAGUUUGAUUAAUUUUCCAGAUAUGGAGUUUGGUGAUGAUGUGUUUGGUUUCUUUGAUAGUCGCAUUGGGGAGUCAGAAGGCUUGGUCUGUUACGCGAAAACUAGAGUUACAGCAAGAGGAAUGACUGUGAGCAUUUGGGUGCUCGAUGAGGUCAACUGGCAAGUAUUGCACAAUCAUAUUUCAUUAGACGACAUCGUAGCAGAAGUGCGUUCUCGGACAGGUGAUUUGUAAUAAUCCAACUUUUAGGUUUCAGUCCGGAUGACCAUAAUGUUGUUUUGCUCGGUUGGAAGGACUGGGUUUGGGGGGUCAAUAUCCAAACCAGAAGCGUUGAAGAGCUCUGCUUCGAAAACAGACAUGUGUAUGAUGCUGGUAGGAUGUAUGUUCCAUUUGUGCUAAAGCCAAUGCCAACAGUACGUCCACCUCCCUCCUGGAUAGACACUUGAAUUGUGAUCUUUGCAUUUCUAACUGAUGGAACUUGUUUGUUUCUUUCUAGCUAUUUGUCGACUCUUGGACAAAAAAAAUUCGUUAAAUAUUUUGUUCCUGAUGGUUAAUGGAAUUGGGCAAGUCUCAGAAAGGUUAGUUUAGCAUUGCAAUGGUGUUGCUCAUUAGAUUAUUCUUUCGAUCAAAUUACUCUGAAAAUUGAUUAUGCAGUUGUUAAUAUGGUUUACUGGAUGCAAUUCAUUAGGCAUGGUUUGCUGAGUAUAAUCUUAUUGUUGAACAGUUGAAAUGAAAUAUGGGAUUUAUGAUUUUCUCUUUCUACUCAUAGUUUUCUUGGAGUAGUACUCGAAACUUUGUUACGGAAAAACGCUUAUUAGGGUUGCAUAAGAGGUGUUCUGUAGAAUUUGUAGAAAUUGAGUUGCAUUUAAGUAGCUCUUUAUUCCAAGUUUGGUGUAACAGGUGUUUAUGUUAAAAUUAACAUUUUUUUUUCUUUCGCAACAGUGUUUGAUGUUGUACUGCAUGGUUGAAAGAUUAUUAGUUGAGUGGAUGUUAUGUUAUCGUUUUUGUUUUCUUCAUGUCUUAACUAGUUGAUUUUGAAAUUUAUGUUUUUAGCUUUUUAGAAAUGUAGUAGCGGGACAGGUUACUUUUCUCUAAUUACGGUGCUCUAGUUUGUUGAUUAUUGUUAAAUACUUAAAUGAACGUAGCUUUUUGUCAUCAAGAGUGAUGGCAAAUCGUAGACGUGGUCGAAUACUAUCCACAUUUUUACCAACUAUACUGGUCUGUAGUAUGAACAAUUAGUGUUAUGCUUCACACCCCCAUUGAAUCAGAAUUUGGUUUUUUUCGUCUAAAUAUGCUACUGUCAUACAGGUGCAGUUCGGGUUGACUACUGAACUGGUUAAAUCACCUCUAUUAGGAUGGUGGGAUAUUCUUUUAACAAAAUUGGAGAACUCUAAAUGCAGAAUUCCGUUACUAUCCUUGGUUUCAACAGAAUGUAGUUUUUGCUUCACCAAAUAGGUUACUUCGCUUAAGUCACGAAUGAGACAGUCAACAAUAGUAUCUCUUUCAAGCUUCAUGCAUGUCCCUGCACCUAUAUUCUAUUUUAAAACGUUUUGGCUCUUUGCCGUGGUUUUUACGCAUCAAGUUAUGCUCAAGGUAUAUAGUGUCUUUGUGUUGAAACUAUUGAGAGGCAAAUGUGCACGGGCUAAUGUAUUAUACUUUAAAGUUCCUUUCAAAUGUGUCGCAGAUAAUACAUAUUGUCAAACUCGUUAUCCAAACACAACUUUGCUGCAGUUUCACCAGGAGAUUCAGUUGCAGGUCUUGUGGCAGCUAAUGGAGUUUUGAACUUCUUGAACAUUUACAACUCUCCUCCUGCCAUCACUAACCCACUCAGUGCAUCUUUUUAGAAGUUGAGGAUGCAGAUAUGAUAUCUACGGAUCGAAAAGGAUUUGAUGUGCUUGCUAAGAUUCCUAGUGAUACAGCCCAACCUGGUCUCGACGUAUACAAUUGGACGGAGUGCAUAAUUGAUUUCAAGGAGGAAGCAUGUGAUAUUGGAAUGUAAAUUUAGCUUAUCUUAAUCUUAAUCCUCGCCAUCUAAUGCACUGUAAUGUAAAUUUAGCUUUUGCUUAUCAGUCCUGGAAUCAAGGAUGUUAGGGGUAUCACGUACUACCCAAAUUUAAUGAAUACAGUGUUACUCACGGAGCAAGAGUUAUGGUA